AAUUCCAGACCUCAAGGUUCAACGAACUCAGAGCUCGAACAAAGGAGAAAGAGUGGAUCAGUGGCACUCUCCGACAUAGUAGGAGAAAUAGUGGACAGUGGCACUCUCCGACAUACCCGGCUGGCGAGAAUCGAAGCCGUUGCUGAGUUUAGACUACGUAUCGGACAGGAUUGCCCCGUUGAUGAGUUUAGACUACGUACCGAACACGAUUGCCUAUCAAAACACCUUCACAGAUUGGGAGUAUACACUCAACUCACAUGUACACCUUCACAGAUUGGGAAUUGGGAGUAUACACUCAACCCAUAUGCCCUUUCACAGACUGGGAGUAUACACUCAACCCACAUGCCCUCUGGAUUGGGAGUAUACACUCAACCCACAUGCCCCCUAUGUAGCCUCCCGGGAGUAUACACUCAACCCACAUGCCCUCUAUGUAACGUAGAGGAGGAAAUGGAGAAGACCCACCUGAUUCGGUAUAUUGGGAGAAUACACUCAACCCACAUGCCCUCUAUGUAG